GUGUGUGUCUCUGAGUUUGCUGAAAUGACAUGUUUCUGUGCCUUUGCAAACACAUCCGCUGCGCUUCAGAUGCAUCGCUCUGUGUACGUACAAGAGGGUCAACCAUGGCUUUUAGCUGGAGAGUCUUCGCUUUGAUCCCACAAUGAUGAUUCCUCUACUUCUGCUGACGCUGCUUCCCAGCAUCAUGUCGGGCCUCAGGCUGUGUCCCAGCCCCUGCCUUUGCUACGAGUCCUCUGACUUGGUGGAUUGCAGGUCUAAAGGAUUGGAACAGGUCCCCCCCAAUGUUCCCCAUGGCACUUGGCUGCUGGAUCUUAGUGGGAACAAGGUGAGAGAGGUGUGGAGUGAUUCGUUUGUUGGACUGUGGUCACUAAAGUUCCUUCUGAUGUCCAACAACAGCAUGCAUGCUCUGCAUUCUCAGUCUCUAUCAUCACUGCAGUUUCUGGAGAAGCUGGACCUGAGCUUCAACCGACUGCGCUGGCUUCCGCAGGACUUUACUCUGCAUCUGUCCUCCCUUCAGGACCUCCGCCUGGACCACAACCUGAUGCAGCACGUCGACUCCUCCUCACUGAGAAACUGUGACAACCUGAAAAAACUAGAUCUGAGCCACAACCGUAUCCGAACUAUAGACAUCAAAGCUUUCAACAGCCUCUCUCGACUGCGACUGCUGAACUUGGAGAGAAACAGGUUGAAUGUGCUGCAAGACGGGCUGCUGAGCCGGCAGCAGAGUCUGGAGGUGCUCCUCCUCGGUCACAACAACAUCUCCUUGGUCGAAGCUGACACCCUGUCACCGCUGCACAGUUUGACCCUGCUAGGCCUCCAGGGAAAUCAGCUGCAGCACAUCAAGUUCAAGACCUUCCUGAAGUUGCAGACCAUCAGCACCCACCUGCAGAUGUCCCUCAACCCCUGGACCUGCGACUGCGACCUGCAGCGAGUCUUCGGGAAGAUCCAGAACGUCCGACACCUGCAUGUGGAGGACUACAAGGCCAUCCUCUGCCAGGCUCCUCCUCAGCAGGCUGGGAGCACGCUUGCGUCGAUGGACAGCCAGCUGUGCAUGGCAGAGACGGCUUCGGUGCUGGUCAUCACCAUCACCGUGAUGCUGGCGGUGAUCGGUGCCCUGGUCAAAGCUGAACGGAACCGCAAGAACAAACAGGCUGCAAGUGAUGCAGAGUCUGCAGAUAAAUGACUGGAUGCUUUUUGAAGAGUCUUCUCUAGAGUCUAGAGAGGAGAAAAACUGAGAUGAAAGGAAUUUAAAACCAACUAGUCGUUUAGUUAAUAGGAAACGAUCUGAAGUUUUUUAAAGUUCAUAGAUGCAACUUUUCCAUCAACAGUUGUUGUAUAGAGUGCAGUAAAGUAAAAGCAUUAAUCUAACUAAAAAUAUAAAAUAAUUGUCUUAUAAAUGUUAACAGGUUAAAAUAUAUCUAUAUUAAAUUCUGGUUAUGAUGCAAACAAUA